UUAGUGACGUCGCAUACCGGCUGUUUGACACGGAAACAGCCUUACAGCGUGUAAAGAAGAAAUGACCGACAGUGACCUCGAAUAAGAUGUUGAAGACCUCUCUAUUGUCUUCUCCUCUUCGCAACACAUCAGCAUAUAUAUAGAAUUCUGACAAACAAUACUACAUUUUAAACCGCCUUCGCAUCGUCGAGUCGUUACUCUGUCUGUCUUCUGAGUGUUCACAUUUGCUGCGUGAAAUAAUGGAAAAUGCAGAAACAUCCGAUCAAAACGGAACGACGCACUACAAGAAAGGUUUAGUAAACGGAUUUCACUCCGCACAGUCCGGUAACGGCGACUGCAUUUCGUCUAACGGAGGUGGUCUGGGUACUAGUGACAGCGGUGGCCAUAAUGGUAUUGAAAAUUUCCACCAUCUUCAUCAGGAUGUACACAACAAUGGUUCGCCUGCGAAGCGCUGCAGACUCAGAAGACGAGUGGAUUCGGGAAAGAAGAACCGACCACCCUUUCCAUGGUUUGGCAUGGAUAUUGGAGGCACCUUGGUGAAGCUGGUUUAUUUUGAGCCCAAGGACAUAACAGCUGAAGAAGAACAAGAGGAAGUGGAGAGCCUGAAGAGCAUCCGCUGGUACCUGACCUCCAACAUUGCCUAUGGAAACACUGGCAUCCGUGAUGUUCAUCUGGAGUUGAAGAACCUCACCAUGUGCGGCCGCAAAGGCAACCUGCACUUCAUUCGGUUCCCCACACAAGACAUGCACCGCUUCAUCCAAAUGGGCAGAGACAAGAACUUCUCCAGUCUACACACCACUCUAUGUGCCACUGGCGGGGGAGCGUACAAAUUUGAGGAUGACUUCAGAACGGUGGCUGAUUUGGAGCUGCAGAAGUUGGAUGAACUAGACUGUCUUAUUCAAGGUCUGCUGUACGUUGAUUCAGUCGGGUUCAAUGGCCAUCCAGAGUGUUAUUUUUUCCAAAAUCCAUCUGAACCUGAAAACUGUGUCAAGAGGCCAUUUAGCCUGGAGAACCCAUUCCCUAUGUUGCUGGUAAAUAUUGGCUCAGGGGUUAGUAUCCUGGCCGUCUAUUCCAAGGAUGAUUACAAGCGGGUCACAGGCACCAGUUUAGGAGGUGGUACAUUUCUUGGCCUGUGCUGCUUGCUGACUGGCUGUGAAACAUUUGAGGAGGCAUUAGAAAUGGCGGCUAAAGGGGACAGCACUAAUGUGGACAAACUAGUGAAGGAUAUUUAUGGUGGCGAUUAUGAGCGAUUUGGCCUUCAGGGUUCUGCCGUUGCAUCCAGUUUUUGUCAUAUGAUGAGCAAGGAGAAACGUGACAGUAUAAGUAAAGAAGACCUGGCCAGGGCGACUCUUGUCACCAUAACAAACAACAUUGGCUCCAUCGCUCGCAUGUGUGCAGUGAACGAGAAUAUCGAUAAAGUGGUUUUUGUUGGGAAUUUCCUUCGAAUCAACACCAUUUCAACUAAGCUGCUGGCAUAUGCCAUGGACUUCUGGUCUGAUGGACAACUGAAAGCCCUUUUCUUAGAACAUGAAGGUUAUUUUGGAGCUGUUGGUGCCUUCCUAGAGCUACUGAAGAUGACAGAAGAUUCCUGAGACACUGAAGAAAACCCAACCUAAAAACCAGAAGCUGCUGUAAGAUUUCAGGAAAGCCACAUCCCCUAAUAAGGAUAAGCCAUUUAAUAAUGUCACCGAUUUUCCAUUUAUCUUCAAAUCAUCGACACAUCGGCCCUCCUAUGCUCAAGACGUGAGCAGGUGACCAAGAGGAUGUGAUGUAACAGCAGCGCACAGAUUUUAGCAUUGUGAUUAGCUGCACCUCAUGCUAACUGUUCUUCAUCACCACUGCUAUAAAGCCAGCACAGCUGUGCCUUUGCUGUGUAUCGAUGAUUUGAGGUGACGAUGAUUUAGGACACUAAUUAUAAUGCCUGUAUGCUCGCUCUACUCCCUGAGCUUUAUGAAAAGAAUCAUAACAUAUGAAAGGGGUUUGGAGGGGGGAGUAUAAUGUCUACUAGUGGGACAGUCUGCGGUAUAAAUGAACUUUUCCCUCUAAUCAGAUUAAUCAUAAAAUGAUGAUGAGUGGUCCAGAAGUGUCAUUUACAUAGGAUUUUGCCUUUCCUUGUUCUGGUCACAGAUAAGCAUUCAUCUUACCCACAUUAAAUUAAAAAGGCUUAAGUUGUAUGAAUAAGCAUUUUAAGGCACGAGUUCAAAUUCUUCAUUUUUAAAAUAAUACAGCAAAUGCCAAUUGAAUUUCCGUCAUUUUUCAAUCAUAUAAAUCUUUUAUCUGAACCUUUUUCAGAAUUAGCAAAAAAAAAAUACAAACAAAAAAAAAACGUAGGUCAGAUGUAGGUCUCUUUUAUCUUGAUUGGGCCUUUUGUGUUUAGUGUAUUGUUGAGUAGCUGUCAUGUCUGAUUUCUAUUACAUUUACCUCUUUGAACUGGUCUGUCUAAUGAACAGAGAAUAUGCAUCUAAGCUGACACUAAUUGUGUUGGGACCAAAUCGUCAAUAUUGACUGGAAAACAGUAUCUUCAUCAGAUGGAGAAUUCUCAUAGUUCACUACAUACAGUAAGUCCCAUGAUUUAUUUUAUAGGAUUUUACAGUCCUUAAUGCUGAGAUUUCUCUGAUCUGAAUGUGUUAACAGUUUACCCUGUGUAUAUACACUGUAGUAUACCAUGUUUUAUUUAAUUUAACAUUUGCACAAACCAUCUCUUGUCAUAUUCACACUAUUAUGCAGUGAUGUCUCAAGUUUCACUUGAUAUCUGUCGAACCUUCUCCCAAAUGCCUUCAUCCUUUAAACAUUUUCAGCUUAAACAUCACCUGUUACUGAAAAUAUUUUGCCUUUUUUUCCUCUCACGGAUCAACAUGAGGUUCAUUAACUUUAUGCCUAAACACCGUUUAACCUUUAAUAAUAAUAAUAAUAAUAAUAGUAAUAGUCAGUUUGACUUGGAAUGCUCCAGGUUGUUAACCACGUGCUCCUAAAAUUCUAAAAAGUUAUAAUCAGUCUAAAUAUGUAAGAUCAGAAACGUAAGUACUUACAAGACAAAAAUGCAUUGCCUUUCCCUCCCUUUGAGCCAUAGCAUUUUCAAAUAUGCUGAUGUGGCCUCAUCACUGUAAUGUGACUCAAAAGACAUUA